AUAUUGUAUACUAUCGUACUUUUCAGUUCGACAUGCUUCUUUUCAGGUGGCAUAAAAUGUUUGUUCAAAUUUCUGUUAUGGAUUAUUGCAGGUCGCAGGAAGCGUGCUCUCGAUAGCCUGGAAGGUGAUGGUUUCGGUGGCCUUUUCAAAAGGUCUCUAGACUCUCUCGAAGGCGAAGGCUUCGGAUUUGACAAAAGGUCCCUGAACUCUUUAGAAGGGACUGGCUUUGGUUUCGACAAAAGGUCCCUGAACUCUUUAGAAGGGACUGGCUUCGGUUUCGAUAAAAGGUCCCUGAACUCUUUAGAAGGGACUGGCUUUGGUUUCGAUAAAAGAUCUCUGAACUCAAUAGAAGGAACAGGCUUCGGCUUUGACAAAAGGUCCCUGAACUCUUUAGAAGGGACUGGCUUUGGUUUCGAUAAAAGAUCUUUGAACUCAAUAGAAGGAACGGGCUUUGGCUUUGACAAAAGAUCUUUGAACUCAAUAGAAGGAACGGGCUUCGGCUUCGACAGGAGACGCAGGUCUCUGGACUCAACAGAAGGAACGGGCUCGGGCUACAGAAGAGGCAAGAGGACAUUACCCCAAAUCACCGGCAGUAACAGGAGUUUUCUCCGAAAUACUGUCAAGGGAUUCAUUUCUUGA